GGGUUAACGAGGUUUUCGGUGCCUGAAGAGGCACCUGCUAACUCAUUUCCAUUUCUUGUAUCAUGUCUAGACAAUCCGCCAAGGCUGAGAGCUCAUCUCUUAAUGGCCACUCUCUGCUGCAAGCACAUAUGAGUUUAGAUCAGGGUAUUACUUUUUGCUGUGGAAGGCACCAAGAGACCUCACUCGUGAUGCUAGCCUAGUCUCCUGUCCAGAGGGCAGGUACCAGAUGUGGAUGAUCUUCACCUAGCGUACUUGGGCAUCUGCCUUAGUCCCCAAGUAUCGUCCAGAUUGGGGAAAUCGCAGGAGGUACCUAAUGCUCAGGCUCAACAAAGCAUCAGUACUGCAUCUCCCUCAUGCACUGAAAUCCAUCAAGGUUCCAUCCACCCUGAUUAUGGCCCUCAAGGUGACAAUCUUGAUGUCUGGUUCCAACCACAGCAAAAGAACCAUCAACAGCAGUGAUCAUCACUCCAACCACCUGGGCACACGAAGUCACCACAUCAUCAGCUUGCCCUCCCUGUAUAGCAACAAACAGGUCUGUGCUACAUAUAAAUCUCGUGUCUAGAUUGAAGCAGUCAUCAAGAGAGCAUUGUGCUCCCUCACUGUGAAAGAAACCUUGGAUGUAGGCGGAGGGGAGUGCUGACAAGUGUACCGACUUUGUGCCCAGCUUCAGGUUCAUGAGGGUUGAAACGCAGCCGUCGCCCGGAUUCUUGGUGUUCCAGGCAUGCAGUGGGUAGAGAUCGCCUGUCUGCCCCUUUAGCACGCAGGACUUUUUCGCCAAGCUUGCUUUUCGGCAACCAUCAUUCCUUCCAAUUCAUCUUCAUCACAGACAUGGUCAUCUAGUGAAGCUGCGCUG